AUGGCAAACUUUAAUUUAGUAUUAAUAGUUUUAGCAAUUAGUGCCAGUGCUUUCGCUUUUGACAAUGUUCUUAGUGAAACGGAGAGAACGAUUAGUGAAGAUGUCAUUGACGAAGCUCCUGCCGCAGAAGUAGAAGACAAAUCGGAAAGUCCACUCGAAGAAGAUGCAGUAGAAGUUAUAGUAGAUUCCUUAGUCGAGAAGAGCGGGAAAUAUCAAGUAUUGGAGGAUGAAUUGGUUGGUGACGUGCCGAAUAAUUUGGAAGCUGUCAAUUUGAACGAUAUUCAAAUUGAGAGGCAGAUGCAAAUACCCAGCACAACUUCACAAACGAAUACAGAGUAUGCUCAUAUCGAUGGCAGAGUUCUACCCUCCACAAGUUACCAAAACAAUGGCCAGCCCUAUGUCAUCACGCCACAAAGGCUGCAACAGAUCCGAGGCAACUUUAUGUAUUGGUUCUAUGACCAAGGCGGUAACGAAAACAUUGGAGAUUACCAGCGGGACAUACACACGUCUACCCCUCAAAUUCACAAGAAUUUCAAUUUCCAAUUGCCCUUCUUCGGCUUUCGAUUCAACUACACGAGAUUAUCUAUGAACGGCUACAUCUACUUCAGUGACCCGCCAGACCACUACACGUAUCCUUUGUCUUUCCCCAUCAAAGAUUGGCCCACUGUCCACGAUCCUUCUUUUAUCGGAAUCUUCUUCAGCAAAUGUCGAAUUGGGAGUCAAAGGCCAGAAGACCCAGAUCAGAGACGGCCGGGAGUUUACUUCCGUAUGGAUAGGGAUUUGCAGACCCGAACUGACCAACUUGGCGUGGAAAUGCGCGAGCGUGUAACUUGGGACAUUCGCCAAGGUGUCAUUGGAUCAGAAAGUUUCUUCCCCAAACACACUAUCACCAUAACUUGGAAGAACAUGUCUUUUGCUGGUGGUAUCGACAACUCUCUCUUUGUGACAAACACAUUCCAAAUGAUCUUGGCGACCGACGAAGUCUUCACAUACGCCAUUUUUAAUUAUUUAGAAAUUAAUUGGAGUUCUCAUACGGAAGCCGGUGGUGAUACUACGACAGGAGAAGGUGGUGUACCAGCUUACAUUGGUUUUAACGCUGGCAACGGAACGCGAAGCUACGACUAUAAGCCGUAUUCUCAAGCAUCUGUUUUACGAGAUUUAACUGGUAGAGGAUGGGCUAACGGCUUUCCAGGACGACAUAUAUUUAGAAUAGAUGAAAAUAUACUAAUGGGAACGUGUAAUAAGGAUAUCGACGGUGCAAAUUUACCCCUCAUGUUCGCCCCCGAGUCUGGUAACAUGCUUGGUGGUACAGUCGUCAAUAUAACUGGGCCAUGUUUCAACCCGGAUGAUAGAAUUACUUGUAGAUUCGAUACAGAAUCAGUUUCUGGCGCUGUAGUCGAUGUCAAUCGAGCUAUUUGUAUUCAGCCUAGAAUUUAUCACAAUGGUUACGCGCGAUUUGAAAUUUCCAUAAACAACGAACCUUUUAAAUGGAAAGGAAAAUUCUUCGUCGAAACGCCUGCGACCGCACACGAAAAAAUCUUCUUCCCCGACAAUGCUGUACACGAAAGAUAUCCUCCAGAAAUUCGUAUAACUUGGAACAGAUACAACUUGACCAGUAAUCUGAAUGUUCAGCUCAAGAUAAGUCUGUGGGGUUACAAAGAAGUUACUAUUCGACCACAGCUUGAGUACAUCGAUAUGAUCGAAGCGGGAGUAGCAAAUACUGGAGAAUACGUCAUUAAUCCCCAAAACUUCAGGAAUCGUGAUAAUAUUAUGCACAACGAUAUGCAGUUUGGUUUUCUGCAAAUUAACUUGACUACACCAGAAGUUUUUAAGGGAGUUUCUAUUUCUCCAAUUCUCUGGAGUAGACCAAUUCCUCUCGGUUGGUACUUCGCCCCGCAAUGGGAGAGAAUGUACGGGCAGAGAUGGUCCAAUUCUAUGUGUAAUGAUUGGCUACGAACUGAUCGUUUCUUAAAGAAUUUCGCUUCACAAGUGUGGGUGUGUCCGUGUACACUGGAACAUGCACUUCUUGACAAAGGUCGUUUCUUACCAGAUCCCAGUUGUGACAAAGAUACGAAUCCUACUUGUAGGUACCAUUGGGGCGCUAUUCACUGUGUUAGGAGUGCUUCGCCAAGCCCCGAAGGAUCUGGUCAACAGUGCUGCUAUGACAAAAAUAAUUUCCUAAUGUUGUCCUAUGAUCAAAUGUGGGGAUCACGACCACAUAGAUCGCAUGACUUCGGCUUUACUCCUUACAAUGAGGCUAAUAAGGUGCCAUCUUUAUCUCAUUGGUUCCACGAUAUGAUUCCAUUCUACCAAUGUUGUAUGUGGCAAGAAGAACAAGCGGUUGGCUGUGAGACAUUCAGAUUUGAGCGUCGUCCUUCCCAAGAUUGUGUUGCAUACCAAUCUCCGGGGGUGGCGGGCAUCUUCGGAGAUCCACACAUUGUAACCUUUGAUGAUCUGCAAUAUACUUUUAACGGAAAAGGUGAAUACGUGUUGGUAAGGGUGGAUCACCCACAACUAAAACUGGACGUACAAGGGCGAUUUGAACAAGUACCAAGAAACAUUUACGGAGACGUGAAUGCCACGCACAUCACGUCUGUCGUAUCUGCUUCUAACAAUUCAGUUCCCAUUGAGGUACGUUUAAGACCGCAGCAUUCGCAAUGGCGAUACAGAUUGGAUGUUUUCGCUGACGGAAAACGAAUAUUCUUCGAUCGACCCGCCCUCAGGGUUCAGUACUUCCCAGGUGUGACAGUCUACCAACCAAUGUACAUUUUGAACCAGUCUGAGAUCGUCAUCAUGUUCUCAUCAGGAGCUGGAGUAGAGGUAGUCGAGAAUAAGGGUUACAUGUCAGCUAGAGUAUAUUUACCUUGGAAUUAUAUGAAUCAAACAAGAGGCUUAUUCGGGAAUUGGUCUUUAGAUGUAAACGACGAUUUUGUUAGACCGGACGGAACAUUAGCUACAGUGGACUUGAACAAUUUCCAAACCGCACAUCGAGAUUUUGCACAGUUUUGGCGACUUAGUGAUCGAGAGCAGAAGAAUAUCGGCGUCGCAAUGUUUACACGGGAAUAUGGUCGAACGGCAGCCUACUAUAACGACGAUCAAUUUAUACCGAACUUCAUAAAGGAACCUGCUAAUUUCUUGCCGGCUAAUAGAUCUCAAGAUGUGACUAGAGCUACUGAAAUUUGUCAGGAAUCCUAUCAGUGCAGAUAUGAUUAUGGAAUGACUCUUAACAGGGACAUGGCUGAAUUUACUAAGAACUAUUUGGCUUCUAUAACCAAUAUUAAGGAGACUAAUGCGCGAAGGGUAAUCAGUUGUGGUAUUUUGGAAACACCGCGUUUCGGCCGAAAGAGCAAUUUCUUCUUCACGCCGGGAACAAGGGUAAACUUCGAAUGCAAUCAAAACUUUAUACUGACGGGAGACAAACGUCGGGUUUGCGAAGCGGACGGAAGGUGGAACCUCCCCGACUACGGCUACACUGAAUGUUUACGUAACCAGGAGUAUUCGCAGCAAACGUUAUUCCUUACCUGGGGCAUCAUAGUGGCUAUUAUUGUACCGUUGGCUCUUAUCAUUUGUCUCUGUUGGUUCUGGUGCUACCACAAACCAAAAACAGAAGGCAAAGAAGUCUUCCGUUUCGAGAAUAUUCCGCGAUCAAAAUCGGCUUCGCGACUUAGUCUUAGAUCUCCAUCAAUGGGAAACAUCACGGAUACGAUGAAAUCGUCUACUUUACGUAGUCAAUACUCUGAUAAACCAAAAGCGCCUAUAACCCCAACGGAGGAAACUCCAAUUACGGCUACUUCAGCUGUCACGAGAUCCGCACCAGCCCCACCUAAUGAGCCCCAAGAUGGUGAAACGUCAGGCAUUGGCUAUACUGACUCUAAUAAAAGCGAUUCCAACAAAUCCGAUAAACCAUCUAGUCUGAAAAAACGCCGCGGUUACGAUAAAACUUAUAGAACACAUGAACCUCUACCUAAUGCUCCGCAGGUAGAGUUUCCAGAAAAGCCUUGGGAUUUAUCUGAAGAAGACUUACUCUCAAUAACGUCCCCCUCUGACUCCGAAUCGAACCGCGAUUCUACUUUAACUCGUCCAGCGAAGGAUAUAGAAUUCUUAAAACCCCGUCAAACUGGUAGACGUUUGCUACCCAGUGAAUCUGGGUAUUCUACAAAGGAGUCGGAAGAUCCGUAUGCCCCAAAAUAUGAUGGCCAAGUGAGCCCUGUUUCCUCACAUUAUUCCCCAACAUAUUCUGAAAUUUACUCGCCACCUAUCAGUCCAACGUCUGACAUCAGUCCUAGAAAUACCUACAAUAAUCCUGGUUUACCGGAGCCCCCAAAAAGCGCUCCAGCUAACGAAAUAAAGACCUUUACUCUUCCGCCCCAAAGAGGCAAAUCCGUCGAAACGUUAAUUGAUCCACCGGCUUCUGAAAUGCCCAUAUUCAGUAGCAAAUCCACUAUGUUACAUACUAUAUCUGAGACUCGCUUGAAUACGUUUACAGGCAACCAGGAGUACUCUCAGCGUACAUUGGGUGCAACAUGGGGCAUCAUCAGCGCUGUGAUGGUACCAAUUGCCGUCAUCAUGAUUUGCAUUGGAUGGAGGAUUCUAUUAAGAAGGAAACAGGAGGAAAAAGAAGAGGCAAAUUACCUAACAAAGGGACGCCAAAUAGACCCGGAUGAUUCUGUUAAAAUAAACUCUGAUGAUGAUUCCAUUCCUUACAAGAAGGAUGUAACGGAGGAUAGUCCUGAGCCCACGGAACCUGUUCAAAUUGGUUUUACGUAUGGACAACAGGGCUACAGGCAAGACCCUCAGGGGUAUUCGCAGGAGGUGCCCCAAGGUUAUCCCCAGGAACCAGCUCAAGGUUAUGCCCAGAACUCCCCACAAGAUUAUUCGCAAGAAGCUCCUCAAGGUUACCCUCAAGAUUCUCAACGAUACCCUCAAAGUACACAACCACAGUUAUACAGUGCGAAUAGACCUCAGCCAUUUGUCCAAAACCCACAACAACCGGGGAGUCAAUGGAGCGGGGAGACCGAAAUUAAUUAA